CCGCGCGUUUGAGUCGAGUAUUAUAUUAAUGCGACCAGAAAAAUGAUGAUCCCCAUGCAGCCAUGGACUUUUGGUCACGCUUGAUAGCGGGCACUUCUCUUGCCCCAGCUGGCAACAAAGCCUCGACGAACAACCCAGAGAAGCGUCUGGCACGCUUCAAGAAGGAGUACAGCCAGCUUCUGCAAAUAUGGCGUGGGGCUUCGAAUCUAUCAAGAGACCAUGAAGCUGCCGAGAACAUCCGGGACAGUCUCCAACAGCUUACAGCAAUCAUCAGCGAUGAAUCCCGACGGCCUCUCCCGCAUCCGUGCAUCACUUUCGCAUCCGCGAAGCAGAUCUAUGUACCCAUAGGAAAGAUUGCUACAACUUCAUACAAUGAGUGGAUUAUCAGAGAGGGGGUGGCAUUCUUUGCAACUCUGAUCGACAGUGAAGAGGAGGACUUCGUGGAGAACGAUACAUUUUCUCAUAGUUUGAUGAGUCUUCUGGUUCGUAUUACUGGGGCAAAUAGUAUACGUCUAGGAUCGGACACGGAGGUCGAAGUAGUCGAACUAUCAUUCAAUAUCACGACAAAGAUCAGACUUGAUCCGGAGAUUCUACCAGCUUGGUUCACGGCACAGGAGAGAAGUGAUACUUCAGAGGAUGGGCAGGAUGCCCAUGAGAAGUUUACUGGGAAAACACACAAGGAAGAUUUCCCACUGUUCUAUCUGCUGAUAGAUUAUAUCCAUCACGAAGGCAGAAUUGGGGACUUUGCGAGGACGGGACUUCUCUACAUUAUCGAAGCAGCAUCAAGUUCGGUUGCUUUGGAGCAAUGGAUUGUGGAGAGUGAUCUCGCAACUUUAAUGGCAACUGGUCUUGGGGCUCUGUAUAGUCAGCUAAGCCGGAAGCUGGUCAUUGACCAUCCGCUUGAAGACUUACCGCCAAUUCUUGCACUAUCAGAUUACCAGCAGCCGCACACGACUUCGGAAAUCGUCAGUUCGUCUUCUCCCGACUUUCAAAUGCACAUGGAAACAUUUCUGUCACAUUUAGUGUUUUGGCAAGACGUCCUCAACCACUGCAAGUCGGGUGAGGUUAAGCAGACGUUACUGGAACAUUUCCAAGUUAUAUUCCUCCAGCAGUUGCUUUACCCGUCACUACUUGAAUCAUCAGAUGUGGACGGGGGUUCAUCUGUUGCUGUUCUCACUUACCUACGUAGAAUCCUUGAAGCACUGGAUCAUCCAGAUAUGAUUCAUCUGAUUCUGCACUAUCUCCUUGCUCUACCAGACACAGCUCCAGCCCCGUCAGGAUCAAGAGCGUCAGUCAGUGCCGCAAGAAAGCGAAAGUCUAUGGAUCUUGCGACCAUGAUGUCUACCCAAGUUGAAGCAGCAUCAACUCCGGCACUGUUCAACUUGGUUGAUCUGAUUCAAGCCAGUCUCCGAUCAAUGAACGAGCAAACAAUAUCUGUGACACUGCAAUUAGUUUCUGUCAUCUUAAGGAGGCAUCACCGCUAUGCUGUAACAACUUUACUUUGGACAAGCCAGACCUUGGCCGACGGACCACAGCGGACUAUCGGUGCUCACGCAAUGGAAAUGGAUUUCUUACUCGGCCUUGCCGGGACUGUAGGAGGUGAUGAUAACUUCGACGACGUCUACGAAAACCAUAUCAAGGAUUGCACGAGUAUGCUAGAAAGCCAUGCGUGCUCAAUUACUUUGAUCGCUCCGAAGUCAGCGGGCGGCACUACAAAAUUUACUGGGUCACAAGCAACUAUUCCUGGAGCACCGAGAGACAUUCGAUCGCAUACUCUACGACCAGAAGACCCCAUGUUGAAGACACUGAUCAGUAUACUAGCCAAUUUCUUCGUCAAUUCUGUGGAAACGAAUUUGUCUCUUACUGGCUCUAUUAUUGACCUGGCCACAUGCGGCUUCAUGAGAAUUGACGGCUGGCUACUACCAGACCCAUCCAGAUAUGUCUAUGAUGAAGACGAAGAGGAGGAUGCUGUUGACGACCCUCUGCUUCUGGGUCUCGGAGAUCCUAUGGAAGCAGAAGAGAAAGUGCAAGUUCGCCUCCUGAAGAAAGCACGAAGGACACCUAAAUGGUCCGAAUCAGAAGCUCCAACUAUGUUGAAGGAGCUAAAGAAGCUCGUCGAUCAAAUUUCAAUGUAUCGAGCUGAGAUACCACGCUUCGAUGAGCUGCUCCAACAGCGUCGUGAGGCGUUUCAAGCUGCAUCAUCAGCACAUGCCACUCCUAUCCCAAUCCGCCAGCAAGCUCCUCGCUCUAGCUUCGAUUCUCCCUCCCGAUCAGUAUCGCCACCACGACCUUCCGCCCUUGAUGCUCUUGCCCAGCGUAUCUUCCCUGAACUUGGCACGCCUUCUCGGUCAAACUCUCCACGGGGUCGUAGAAGCCAGGAACGUAGCAGUGGCAUGAGUGGAGGAUAUGGAUAUGCCACACCCACAUCUUCGCGCAAUCCUAUACCGCCACCACAAUUUCCAAUGGGAUUAGAUCACUCUUCGCGGGGCAGCUCACGCGCAUUCUCAUCCAGUCCACUGCGAGAUGCGGAGAAGAGUGCGAAAGGGGUACCAGCCAGUCAAGCCGCCGCAUUUGCAGCUGUUGACCAGAGCAUCCUUGCCAGAAAAGUCUCACAGCCGAUUCCCAAGAACGAAGUGUCUCCAAUCCCAUUCCCCAAUCUGAAAUCUUCAGGCGAAGACGGGAGUGCAGAGAGUAGUGUAGCUGUAGCGGACGACUUUACAUUGCCUGCAGAUACCCAUAGUGCUGAGGAGAAGAUGGUUAGCGUCAACCAUGUUCUUACGAAUGUUAUCAUACUGCAGGAGUUCUUGCUGGAGCUGGCGGCUUUGGUGCAGGUCCGGGCGGGUCUUUUUGGAGAGGUUACAUAUGUUUAGUUUGUUUUGUUGGUUAGUCAAGAGAUACCUUUUUGCGCUUUUCACU